AUCGCGUUGAUGCAAAGACCGCGUGCCUUCUUCGUUUCCGUUUCUUCACCUUCCUUUGGGUGCUUUCUCAAUCCUUCAAAAACCCUAAUUACACAAAACAUAUUUGCUUUCCUCUAAUCCCUCUCCGGCCCAAAAUCGCCUCACGGUGAGCGCCACGAACCUCGAAUCGAAGAGUUCCCUUCAGGUGCAAAGAUGAACACUAAUGAGUGGAGAUCAACUCGAGGGAUCAGACGGAGGAAAGCUGUGUUUGAUCUUAAUGUGGCACUCACUGAUCUUGAAGGGACCUCCGCUUCCGUAAGAGUAUCUCCCAUUGUGCCUAGCUGUGAUCUUCAAAGGGAGUCUGAGCCUUCUCACCCUCCUCCGGCCAUGAUUGAUGUGGAUGCUAUUGAAGAUGAUGUUGUUGAAUCAUCCGCAAGUGCUUUUGCUGAGGCUAGAAGUAAAUCAACAGGUGCACGUCGGAGACGGUUAAUGGUUGAUGUUGAGUCAGGUGGUACGACUAGAUUGUCUCCCAACAAACGGAGAAGGGUUCCUCCUAAUCAACCUGUCAUCGACUGUGAGCAUGUCCCUGAUGACACCUCGUCGAGUGUGUGUAGCUCAAAGGCUGCACCUCCUCCUCCACCAGAGGAGCCGAAAUUCUCUUGUCCAAUUUGUAUGUGCCCGUUUACGGAGGAGAUGUCAACGAAAUGCGGUCACAUCUUCUGCAAGGGAUGUAUAAAGAUGGCAAUAUCUCGCCAAAACAAGUGCCCUACUUGUAGGAAAAAGGUGACUGCAAAAGAGCUGAUUCGAGUGUUCCUUCCAACCACCAGAUGAACAUUACCAGCCACCUUGUCUAAUGGUUUACCUGACUCAAAUUCGUCAUUAUUCGUGUUGGAACGUUGAAGGGACUUCGAGGAACUGGCGUUUUAGUUUGAAUGUUUCACUUUGUUGGAAGAAAAAAACUUCAUUGUUCAAGAAGGCCCUCUCAUUGGUAAUGUCAAGUUACUAGUUGUUGUCUUGUGUAAUUUAGAUCUUUGCAAACCUCAGUCGAUGCCUCUCUCUGUUACUGAUGAAAAAAUAUAUAUGGAAACAAUUUUUGUAUGCUGAAUCUCAUCUAAAAUGGUGCAUCCUGAUCUUAUUGUGUAUGCCAA